AUGGAAGUAUUGGUAGUUGCGAUAACGCUAUUGGUCACCUUUUCCCUAAAGAAUUCUCAUGGGCUCAGUCAAAGUUUUUCUGGAGGAGUUUCAUUUGUGGAAUACAUGCUUCAGAAGUUUUCCUACUUGAACAUCACAAAAAUCGGUUCAGAACUUGUCCAACAUGGCGACGAGUGUGGAUUUGCCUGCCUAGAAGUUCCUUCGUGUUUUUCUUACAACCUCGCUGUAUUUUCUGAUAUCAACGGAAAAUUGUCGUGUGAAUUGCUUCCAUCUGACAAGUACAAAAACUCGGAUAAAUUAUUUAACAGUCCGAUGUUUCAUCACUUCAGUAUAACGAGUCCAUGUUCAAGCGAUCCCUGCAUGAAUAAUAGUAUUUGUGUGGCCAAGUACAGAGACAAGGAUUAUCGAUGUGAAUGCGCUCCGGGAUACACAGGAAAACUCUGCGAUAUAGGUCCAUUUUUUGGAACAGACUGCCAUAAAAUCAAAACCCAGGGUAAAGAUAAAAGCGGUAUGUACUGGUUGGACUCGGAUGGAGGAAGCCAUUCCAACGCAUUCCAGGCUUAUUGUGAUAUGAUGUCAUACAAUGGAGGAUGGACCAUGUGUUACACUACUGAUGAAUAUGUCAAACCCAGGACUGAGGUCACAUACAAUGCCUCUUUUCCUUAUGGAACUGUCGGCUACAGAAGUAACUGCAACAACAUCCCAUUUACAGAAAUAAUAUUUGUUGAUCACCAAUCUGGUAAAAAGGCAUAUUUCAAAAGGAAAUUGGAUGAACCCCUCACGGCCGCUGCUUCAUAUGAGAAAGGUGCCAACACUUAUGGAUUAUGGGACGCUGUGGAGGCCUCCCAGUAUUAUUCAUACCAGUUGCUGAUCUGCGACAACUCAUUCUACAGCGGCUUUUUAGUGUCUGGUUAUACCAAUAACUGCUACAAGGGGUGCGCUCACUGGUGCUACGAUAAAUACUCACCAUUCUUUCGCACAGCAAGUUCUGAUCAUCAGUACAAAGGUGUGGCUUUC